AUGGCCUCCUCCCAUGUCGAGAAUUCUCUUCCAGCGAGCUCUGUGACACAGAUACCCAGGUCUGCCGCGGCCGGAGACAAGCGUCAUUUGCCACAAAUUACUUCCUCUGGAGAGUCAGUGCCAGAAGAUCUUGGAAGGCCAAAUCUAGGAGGUUACGUUGAAGCCACCUUUUAUCCCUUCUUGGAAACGUUAUUCAUAAGGAAUACUCUGGUUGAAGAUUUUGACUAUCUCUCACACAUUGGCAGCCUCCAAGUGCCUCAACGACGUUAUCUCGACGAGCUUCUUAAAGCAUACUUCCUGUAUAUACAUCCUCAUCUACCGUUGAUCAACGAGGGGGACUUCUGGGAUACAUAUCUCGACAACCAGUCUAGUAGGAGCAACUCUUCUUGCAUGUCUCUGUUCGUCUUUCAGGCGAUGCUACUCGCAGCGUGCAGUUUCGUGCCCACGACAGUCUUACAGUUUCUGGGAUUUUGCAACACACGACUUGCGCGAGCCACCUACUAUCGCCGCGCAAAGGCUCUAUACGACUUUGGCACCCAAAGAAGCAAUCUGAUCAAAGCGCAAGGUGCAUUGCUCAUGACGUUUCACGUCCCGCUCAACGAGCCGCACAUCAACAGUCACUGGCUAGGGAUAGCUAUCAAUCACGCCAAAGCAGAAUCAGCCGACCAGUUCUACAGGUACGCGGUCCAUGAUGCCGUUAGAUAUAAUCAGAUGAAACGGCUGUGGUGGUGCUGUAUUAUCCGGGACAGAACUUUGUCUUUGGCACUUCGACGACCAAUAUUCAUCUCCUCGAAGGCAUUCUACGAUGUAUGGCCGCCACUAACGGAGGAUGACUUGAGGAGCGAAAUUGAGAGGUCGCACGUGUGCACUGCUUCGACAAAAAUGUCGAUACUAAAAUCUCUGAUUGCCUUAUGUGAGCUUUGCGCCAUCGUCACAGAUAUCCUCUCGCUGCUGUAUCCGCUUGACAGCACAACUGCCAAUGAUGAUCAUCUCGAACUUAUGACUCGCAUUUACAGCUUCACAGAUAACCUGAAUGAGUGGCACGAGCAGGUGGUGAGUAUCAUUGAGCCCCGUCAUCACAACGGCAACGAAGUCGGUAUUGUCGUCCUGUUCAGCAACAUGCUCAACAUCUUGUUCCAAUCCGCUAAAGCUGCGUUGUGCAAUCAUCGCAUCAUGCUUACUGUAAGCGAGACGUUACAACAUUCUUUCGAACGGCUUCACGCAAAGAACGAACUCCAAGCUGCUUUGCGCAGCACCGCACAAAGUUUGAGGGCGAUUAUUGAAGCUGGGAUGAUAACUUACUCUCCAAUCAGCAUGGUCGCUUUCCUGGCUCUGCCAUCGAUUUGCUACAAUUUGAACUUGACCAAUCGUGCACAGCCACAAAGGCCUUCACAGACUUACGGAACGAACAUAUACCAAGACUUUUUAAGAGUACUGCAACUGCGAUACGAAGGAACUGAUAGGGCAUUGAGCAACAUGGCAAAGUUGAUGAGUGAUAUGAAUAUGGAAGAUGCCACUUCCCCUUCAACAGCGAGAUCUGAUUCAACAAGCAACAUAUCAAGCAAUCAGAGGCAGGGCCGGACAAGCUCUGCAACCCUUGCGACGACUAAAUCCGUGUCCGGAAUUGACAUUGUCGUCUCCGACCCACAGAAGUAUGUACAGAUUUGUCAAACGCUGGAUUUCUUCCUCUCCCGUGGUCGGUUUCCCACAAGAUACGAUACCAGUUCAAGUAUUCCUUCUCCACCAACCGCGCCCGAAAGGCUACCUAGCGCAGGGAUGCCUGUUUGGGCUACUGCAGAAGGAAGUGGCGCCACGGGAAGAGGGCAGUUUGAACAGAGCAUGGGUCGAAAUUUGUUCAGUCGAGACAUGGCUCUCGAUUCCGCAAAUGUCGAUACGUCCGCCGAGUCAAGUGAACUGCUACCAACGAGCGAAACCAGUACGGCCGCUGUGGAGCUUUCCGUGGCGCUCCUGGACAAUCCAUUCCAAGAAGCUAUUGCUAACCCGGAGUACUUUCUGUUCGAGGAUUUUGAAACCUUCAUGACUGACGGACCAUAUCGAGGCGCCGACCGAUCGCAGCCAAAUACCCUUUAUGAUUGA